AACAAAGGUAAGAGACACCCGUUGGGCAAUCCAAUCGCAUUCAUUCGUUCCAGAAACCACCCACCCCAUCCAUCGUCAAAACCCAUCACGCAGACCGCAUACAUUUGUGUGUGAACGCACUCCGGGCCAGCGAAAAAGAUGACAUCAGGUGGCUGUAUAUAUGCAUCGGUCAGAGUGUCUUCGCUCUCAUGCUCAUCGAGCGACUUGACAAAAGGCGCAGGCAGGAUGAACGGGAGGGAUAUAUGGAUGGGACGGAGGCCGGGCUUUCCACCCAUACAACCCACCCAUCCAUCGAUCCAUCCAUCCGUGGUAAUGGAGAAAUACCCGCAACACAACACUCACUCGCGAAAGAGACCGUGCGGCCCCACAAAAACACACACGUACACAUGCACGACACCACCAGCAAGGCAAGGCAAUGCACAGCAACAGCAAAAUAAUCCGCGCAAUCCGCUCGCAUCGCAUUACUUUGCGGCAUUUGACCUAGGUGACACUCUUAUUUGCCCACGACCGACCGACCGACAAAGAGGGAGACACGGAGAGGACAGAACGACGUAUGGUGGAUGGGAUGGGAUGGGAUGCCGCGUGUGCGUCGAGGAUGGACGCACGGAUCAUAGCUCAUAUACCUACCUAGCCUCUCUCGCUCAUCCCCAUCUCCCAUUCUCUCGUCAGCCCUCUCUCUAUGUCCGGUGUUCGGUCGGCAUAGCAGCUAACCGUCGCAAAGACGAAAAAAGUGCUCUCCUCGCCUCGCCUCUCUGGCUAUAUGACUCACUCGUGCGUCGGCCGCAAGCUCAUCGCUGAAUGAAGGACAGCGGGGCUGACAUGACGAGGCCCCCUCGGCUGUCUCAUGCAAGCUCCUAUUCAGCACUCUGUCUGUCUCCCCGGCAAACAAAAGGCACCUACCCCACCCCACGCCCCGCCCCUCCCUGCAACCAACAAAAAAGGGGAGGACACACCGAUGUCGCAAACACUUCAGACACACACACACACACACACAUAUCAACCAGCUAGUUCAGCCCGACGAAGGGAAGCACGACAGAGUCACCAGGCGCCCACCCGCCGUGCAGCCCACAUAGCUGGCUGUUCGGCAGAGACUAGCUGUCUCACUAUGAGCGCCUCUCGCUGACUGGCGUGCCCGUCCUCGCCGUAUGCCGCAUGCGCGGCUCGCUCACCACACGGGAUAUCUCCUCCUCCACAGCACUGUCUAGCUCACCCCUCUCGCCCUUGCCCUCCCCGCCCCCUCCCUGCGUCAUGGCAAAAUCGGUCACGUCUACGCCCGCCAGCCGUGCCAGCGCCUGUAUCUCCAUCAUAAAGAAGUGUGUCCAUCGGUUUGGGUCGGGCAGCACCGCCUGGUCCGCCACGAUGUUGACCCGGAGGCCGCCGGCCAUCGACACCAUGGCGAUGGCGAUGCCGCAGCCGCCACGCAUCGGCGCGAAGCACAGGCAGCUGCUGCCCUUGCGGCCGGCCAGGGACCCCAGGUCGGAGGGGCCCGGCACGUUGGUGAACAGCGCGGCGGACUUGCUGGCCAACAUGUCACCCAAAUACUGCAAACAACAGGAUAGCAGCAACAUGAGGCCCGCCGCUUUUGUGUGGUGGUUGGUGGCAGGCAGUAUGUGUUAUGGCACGUACGUGUGACAGAGUCGGCGGGACGAUGUCGGCGAGCACCUUGAGGCUCAGAGCCAUCACCAGCAUGUCCGUCUGACUCUUCAGACGCUGAAUGGCCGUGUGCACCGACUGCAUCCAACACCCAAACCACACCCACAAACAAUUCACACAGCCAUCCAUCCGCCCUCUCGGUGCACUCAGUGCCUGUGUGCCACCAUGCAUGACUUACUUACCCUGAGCCUCUGAACCAACGUAUCGUUAGGCGAUGCCGGCACCCUGAUGGGCACCGGGACCAUGUUGUUGCCCAUCUCGUGCACCUCAUCGGUCCGCAAACUCACGGGCACGAACACGGGCAGCGUCAUGGAGCGGUCCACUAUCGGGCUGCCGUGCUGCGAGUGCGACACGGCAUACCGCCGGUACGCCCCCACCAGCGCACACGUCAGGACGUCGUUGAGCGUCACGCGCGUGCCGAUCAGUGCCGUGAGCUUGGACCGCAGGGGGCGGAAUGCCUCGAGAGGCAGCUCGAGUGGUCUGCCGACCACCUUCUUGCCCGUCACCUGCUCCAUGGGCCGUCUCGGGUCCUGCCAGCUGCGCGGCGCCCUCUCCAUCAGCAGGCCCAGGAUAAUGCCCGGCGCUCGGAAGAAGCCCACAAAGGUCGAUAGAAUCAGCUGGGAUCUGGUGAAGGCCGGCUUAAGCGCCGCUCCGUGGUAGGCAGCCUCAGGGUCGUCCCGCCGGCUGUCGAGUAGGUUCUCCAUGAUGCGGUAAAUGAUGCCGAGCCCGUCGGACAUGCAGUGCUGGAGCCGCAAGAUGACGUGCGAGCGCGGCUUUCCCUCUGGUCCGUCACCGGCCUUGUCUUGUGCCAAGAGGAGGCACCAGAGGGGCUUGUCGCGGGCCAUAGGCUGGGUGCACAUGCGGGACACCAUGCCGUCGAAGGAGUGCUCCCGCGAGUCGUACUCCAGCUCCUGGAUGUGCUGCGAGAUGUCGAAGUGAGGGUCUGGCACCCACCGCAGCCGCCCGCACGCCCUCCUCGGGAUGGCCGUGAGCCGCGGCUCCACAGACAGCAACCGGUCGGCCAUGCACUGCCGAACGGUCUCCACGUCGAUGGGCUCACACGUGUAGACGGACGUUAUCACACUGAACCGAACCAACAAAGCCAGAAGGAAGGGACGUGGGAAGGUGGACACACCGCCCUUGCUUGUGUGGUGUGUGUCAGUCGGUGUGUGUCGUACCAGUGGUUGGCUUCGGUCUCCUGCAGCCAGACGCUAUCGAGCGGCUGCAGUGGUGGGGGUGUCUUGUCCAUGCCCCACACGCACCACGCCACCACCUCGCACACGGCACGGUACAGCCAUGUCAGCAACGCGUAGGGGAUUAGCACCGGAUAGAUGACGACAAGCGCCAAGACAAACGCAAACGCAUCAAACAGCACCGACGACAGCACCGACGACACCACCAACGCGAACGCCGGCCGGGUGGAUGUUGUCGCUGCGAGAGGAGCAGGAGGGCUUGUGAGGGUGGGUGUGUGGGGCGGACGGGUCUCUGGGAUGCCGUCUUGAAGGAGGGUCUUGGCCGCAGUGCACGCCGACUGCGAAACCGUCAUCAACUCGGACAGAGCUGUCGAGCGGGUCAUUGGAGCCUCCAUUCCCUCUCGUAGCUACCGCAGGACGUCCUACGCGUCGAUAGGCCGCCUGUUCAAG